AAAAAAAAAAAAGGACCACUUGUCACGUGACCGCCCCUGACUCCCAGCUCCAUCAUUUAGAGGAAAAACGACACAAAGAUAAAUCUGUGUUUCUGAGCAGCUUUAUAUAUAAUUUCAUCUUUUAAUCGGUGGAUGUUAGCUGAGCGGAAAUCAUAGGAUGAAAUUAAACCGAACAGGAUUAUAGCAUCAUUCCCGGAUUGCAAACAGGAGUUUUCAGUUUUGAACGCAGCUCCGAUUGAAGUUUCUGCACCUGUUUGGAAGGUGGAGGCAAACACUGACCAGUGAUCAUGGCAGAAAACAACUUCCCUCCCCUGCCUAGAUUCAUCCCCCUAAAGCCAUGUUUUUACCAGGACUUCAAUGAAAUUCCAGACCAUCAGCGCACCAUGUGCAAGAGGCUCUACUACCUCUGGAUCUUGAACACUGCCACACUAGCCGUGAACCUGAUUGGCUGCCUGGCCUGGAUGUGCGGCGGAGGAGGAGCCACUAACUUUGGCAUGGCCUUCCUGUGGCUCAUACUCUUCACUCCUUGUUCCUACGUGUGCUGGUUCAGGCCCAUCUACAAGGCUUUUAAGACCGACAGCUCUUUCAACUUCAUGGCUUUCUUUUUCGUCUUCAUGGCUCAGGUGGUGAUAAGUAUCAUCCAGUGUGUCGGCAUCCCAGGGUGGGGGGUCUGUGGCUGGCUGGCAACCAUCACCUUCUUCAGCACCAACAUCGGCUCAGCUGUAGUCAUGCUGAUUCCCACCAUCAUGUUUACUGCCGUGGCGGUGCUCUCCUUCGGCGCCCUCGCUAAGGUGCAUAAUUUCUACCGUGGCAGCGGCGGCAGUCUGGGUAAGGCCCAGGAGGAGUGGACCACGGGGGCCUGGAAGAACCCACACGUCCAGCAGGCGGCUCAGCAGGCGGCCAUGGGCGCCGCACAGGGAGCGAUGCAGCAGAACCAGUACUCAGCGGCUCCCACCUACAAUUAUGACGACCCGAUGUAGGACAGGCGGGCGAGCGGAGAGAGAGAGAGAGCUAAAAAG